AGAUAAGUUACUUUCAAGCUUGUUUCACUUCACUCAACUAACGCCAAAAACACCUGGCGUGAGCAUGAAUUUCACUGAACGACGCAGCUAGCCGCUCACUGCCUUACGUAACAGAGCAGAGAGCAAGUCCAUGUGUUGAAGUAGUGGGAAUAUAAAGUAGCCAGAGUGACAGGUACACUUGAUGAGUGCUAAUUUAACCUCUUCAACAUGGACGAGCGAGACACCGCAGCUAUCCUUCCAGGAGAUGUUCUCGGAACCACGUUCAACGAAGAGGAAAAACCCACUUACGGCUCAUGUGGGAGCAAAGAUGAGGAGAAAGUGAAGAAGACCACCCGCUCCUGGAGACCACCGUACACAUGCCCGCUACCGGUGUCGGUGGAGCCGGUGAUCUUCCUCUCCAUGUUUGCCAUUUCCCUUCAGUCCCCGCUGAUCACUCAGUAUGUGUGGGACCGAAUCAGCGACGACCUCGGGUACAAUGGUUCCCGGAGGACGCGGUGCGGGAACACCUCAGUGACAACAAAAGACCCGCUUCAGCAGGUAACAGGGAGACAUUGUUGUUGUAACCCUACAACACUUUCGCUAAAUCAAAUAAUAUCAAAAUGGGACAUUAUAUGACAAAUUAAAGUAGUAUAUUUUUUAUUAUUAUUUUUUACUGUGUAAUGUCCAAAGGGAGGAACAAAAGUGCCAUGAGGGGACCAUAUAAAAAUGCAACAAAAUAACUGAAAUUAGGCAUUUAUGAACAAAAAAAUCCUAAUAAAUAUAUAUGUCAGUCAAUUUUUUUAUAUAUAGCACUGUUCAUACAAAUGUCAUUGCAGCUCAAAGUGCUUUACAUCAGGACAAGAAAAAUAUAACUUAUUAAAAUAGACUAAAACAGACAAUAAAAUAUAAACUUGAAUUUAUUAAUAAAAUCCAGUAAAAGAUGAUACUAAAAAUAAAUAAAUUGUAAUAGUGAUUUAAAAAAUGAAGCUUUACAUAAAAGCCGGGCUAAAUAGAUGAGUUUUUUAGGUUUCUUUACGUUUUAAGAUUUCUAUGUUUGCAGCUUGUCUCAGACCCUCUGGAAGUCUGUUUCACAGUUUUGAAGCAUCACCAAAUCUUUUUGUUCUGCUCUGUGGAACAACUAAAAAAGAAGAUUGAGAGGAUGUGAGAGGCCGCCCUGGUUCAUAAAUUAAAAUCAUCUUAGUAAGGUAUUCUGGUGCCAGGCCAUGGAGAGCUUUAUAAUUUUAAAGUCAAUGCGAAAACUAACAGGCAGCCAGUGCAAAGACUUUAAAAUGGAUGUAAUAUGAGCUCUGCCCUUGGUCCUGGCAGCAGAGUUUUAGAUCAGCUGUAGCUGGUUUAUUGUGCUUUUGGGUAGACCAGAGAGGAGAGCGUUACAGUAGUCAAGCCACUACUUUGUGAUAAUAAUAAUAAUAAUAAUAUCAGGAGACUUCAACCAUGUCACCCUCUCCUCUCAUCUGACUGGAUUCACACAGUUUGUAAACUGUCCUACCAGAGAAAACAAAACCCUGGAUCUUCUGUAUGCCAACAUCCUACAGAAUCCUACAGAGCCACUGCCUUACCACCACUGGGCAAGUCAGAUCAUAACUCGGUCUAUCUGCAAACCUGUUACAGACCCUUUGUACUGAGGCAGCCUGUGACCAAAGUCAAAAUCAGAAGAUGGACACCUGAAGCCAGUGAAGCUCUAAGGGACUGUUUUAAAUCAACAGACUGGAGUGUGCUGCUGGAAACAAAUGUGGAUAGUAUGAACAUUGAUAAACAGGUUGACUGCUUUACUGAAUAUAUCAACUUCUGUAGAGACACAGUUAUACCAACAAAGACUGUUCACUGUUUCCCCAACGACAAACCGUGGAUUACAAGUUUUUUGAAAGACAUGACUGAAUACAAUUAGAAGAUAUUCAUCCUUCUCCAUCUAUAUUCAAUUCAAUACACAACAAGGACUAGAUAUUUAAUAUUUAACCUGUUUUUUUUCUCUCUCUCAAAUAUUCACUUCAAUUUGAUGUCUUAACACAUUCCCCAAAAAGUUUGGACAAGGGAAACAAAAUAGUGUAAAAAUUGAGGAGUGCUGAAAAAACACUUGUUUUAAACUUUCAUUGGUUGAUGAAACGGGUGAGCUUCAUGAUUGGGUGUAAAAGGAGCAUCCUUAAAAGGCUCAGUCCUUCACAAGCAUGGAUGGGGGAAGGUUUCACCACUUUGUGAGCAACUGCGUGAGCAUCAGUUUAAGAGGUUUCAUCAUCUACAGUCCAUAAUAUCAUCAAAUGAUUCAGGAAAUUUAGAGAAAUCUCUGCACAUAAGUGGCAAGGCUGAAGACUAACAUUGGAUGCUGUGAUCUUUGACCCUUCAGGUAGUGUUGCAUUAAAAACCCACAUCAUCCUGUAAAGGAUUUUACCAUGUGGACUCAGCAACACCAUUGUCAGUUAACACAGUUAGUCUGUACAUCUCCAAGUGCAACUUCAAACUGUAUCACCUAAAAUCACAGUCAUGUAUCAGCAACACCCAGAAAUGCUUCCAGCCUCUCUGGAAAUGAGUUCAUCUGAACUGGACUGACUCAAAGUGGAAAAGUGUGCAUUUCAUAUUGUUUUUGUAAAUCAUGGGUGUGGUGUCCUCUGAGCCAAAGAGGAAAAGGAUGGGGUGUGUUUGUGCCCAUGGCAACUGUCACAUCUGUGAAGUCUAUCAGUUUGAACAUUUGAUAUCUUUGUUGUGUAUCCAAUUAAAUGUAGGUCAAAAAGGAUUUGCAAAUCACUGUCGUCUGUUUUAUUCAUGUUUUGCACAAUGUACCAACGUCAUUAGACUUUGAGUUUGUACUUUUGGCCCUUAAACCCAGGAAUAGUUCCCUUAGAGGAACAACAGUCACAAGUUGAAACUAAGCAGCUUAUUAAUUUGGAACCAGAAGAAAUGUUUACAAAGAUCAGCAGUUUUCGGUUCUUUUCAAGCGAGUAAAGCCUUGAGGUUUUGCACUGCUCAUCAAUUUAGGGUCGAGAUCACAUGAAGGAUGUGUGGUAACUGUGAUUACUGAUGAAGUAGAAGUAGAGCAUGUCAGUUUGAAUACCCGCAGUAAAACUAGUUUUUUUUUCUUUCCUUCAGCAAGUGGAAACCUUGACAGCACACUGGAGCCUGUAUAUCAGUCUUGGGGGCUUUUCUGUCGCCCUGCUUGUGGUGCCCCUCCUGGGAUCUUGGAGUGACCUUGUAGGCCGAAGACCCGUUCUUAUCAUACCAAAUAUAGGUAUGGCCGUCCAAGCAGGAAUUUACCUCGUGGUGAUGUACCUGAAGCUGCCCUUGGUCUAUUUUCUCGCGGCUAGGCUGCUCAGCGGUCUCACGGGCGAAUUCAGUGCCGUCCUGGCUGCUUGUUUCUCAUAUGUGGCCGACGUCAGUGACAGGAAGUCCCGCACCUCCAGGGUGGCGAUUUUGGAGGCUUGUUUAGGUUUGGCAGGGAUGCUAGCAAGCAUCAUUGGCGGGCAGUGGCGAAAAGCACAAGGGUAAGAAAUAUGCACCAGUUUGUAUAGAAUUAUCAUCCUUAUCAGUGUAGCUUCUUUACAGUCUUAUGUUUAUGCCUUUGUUUUUACAGGUACAUCAACCCGUUCUGGCUGGUACUGGCCACUAACUUAGGCGCAGUUUUGUAUUCCUACCUGUUCGUUCAAGAGUCAAUCACACCAGACCCAAAUGCAAAGCUCCUCACCUACCGUCAUCACAAAAACGUCUGGAAACUCUUCUCAACGGGUGGCAUCUCCGGCCAGACGAGCGCUAACAGAUACAAACUGUGGCUUUACCUGCUGAGCCUCGCUCUGGUGGUGACUGUACAUUUCGGCAGCAGGGAGCUGUUUGUGCUGUACGAGCUGAGCUCACCGCUCUGCUGGGGUUCGACGCUCAUUGGCUACGGAGCAGCAGCUCUACAGAUGGCGUACCUCACCAGUCUAAUGGGACUGAAGCUCAUGAAGACCUGCCUCAAGGAUUCUUGGAUUGCUGUCGUGGGUCUGGUCUCCAACAUAUCUGGGAUGCUGGUUUUCUCCGUGGCUGAUACCACCGUGCUCAUGUUUGUAGGUGAGAGAGACUCAAACUUAGAGUCACAUAAGGUAAAGAGUGUUUGUUUAGCUUAAUUGAGAUUAAUCAGCUGGUCCAAGUUCAGUCCUGAUAAAAAGGGGCCAUAGUCCUUCUUGGAUCGGCUGCCAGCUUUGACACAUUUCUUGACUGUUUACAGAAAAUUAAAGUAAUAUUAAGCUGUUACACGGCUCUACUACUUGUGACCAGACGAAGGAUUAUCUCUGGAGGCAAAAUUUCUCAGCAUACUUAUUUGAUACCAAUUUACCAACAUGAGCGUGGCACUGGUUUUGCUCAUCUGUUAACAGAGUGCCUGAUUUAUAAAGGCUUUAGUCCUUGAAGCAGGCGUCCUGGGUCCUCUCCAACUUGAUAUUUUUUGUUCAAACUGAUACCCUCCUUUGACAGCACAGAUUCAAAGUGAGUGGUACUUUUUCAAACACAAGGAUUGUAGUGGGAAAAAAAUGCAACUUCACCCUCUCUGUCCUCCUUUGCCCGGUGAUUUGAAAACAUGAACGCUUUUGCAGCUGCAUAAUAUCAGGCAAAUACCAUCAUGUUAUCUCUACUCAGGCAGUGACAGACUAAAUAGACCUUGUAGAUGUUUGAAACCUUGAAUACAAGGCACCUAUUAUUAGCUUGUGAUAUUAAUGAGCACAAGUUGAACCUAACAAUGUAAAUGAUUCCACUGCAUAGCCGGUUAAUACAUAAAUAUGUAGAUUUACACUUCAAAAUAGGAUUUAGAGUACUGGCAAAGAAUUACACCACAGUGAGAAUCAGAUUUAGCUGGCUUUGUAGUGUCGGUUGUCUGGCCUGUGAAGUCUACAUCAGCUGUGAAAUAUGAUUGAUUGUUUUUUUCUCUGUCUACAGGUUAUGGUCUGUUAUUCCUCUUCAUGGCUCCGUUGCCUGUGCUCAGGUCAAAACUAUCCAAGUUGGUGGCCCCAUCAGAACAAGGUCAGUCACUGAUAAUCCUGUAAGAGAAACAAACACCCUGAUCCCAGCGAAAGUGUGGACUGGUUUCAAGAUGUGACAACCGUAGAUACAUGGCAAAGAAGAGCUGACACGGUUGUGUACGUAAUGCGUGUGUGUUUCUUCUUUCUCCAAGGUGCCCUGUUUGCCACUAUUGCCUGUAUGGACAGUCUAUGUUUUCUAGCAGGCAGCGGUCUGUUCAAUUCGAUCUACCCACUCACCCUGACAUUCAUGAAGGGUUUCCUCUUCCUCUGUGCUGCCGUUCUCCUCGUCAUCCCUGCUGGAAUAAUUGGGUGAGUUUGCUGUGUCCUCCUGAUGCCUCACUCAGGCUCCUGAGUUUAAGAGCUCUUCCUUUGACCUCAGAGUUCACGAGCUUCCAAUUAUGGUAACAACUUCGACAUGGAUGUGUUGGAUGUCAUUACUCAGUUACAGUAACACCCCAGUACAAAAUUCAAGAAAUAUCACACUACAUGAAGGGUUGCUGGUCUCGAGCAACAUCAUAUAAAUGCUACGAUGCUCUCAUGCCACUCUGUGUAUGUUUACAUGUUGUCAUUCAUUUUGCUUUUAUCUGUAUUGUUCCAUUUUUCAUGCAACCGAUAAAAUAAGUCUGUUGUUUCUUCACUUUUUUGGAUAAUAUCAUUGAGGAGAAUUAACAAAUUCUGUUUGCUGUAAAAUUGAUUAUGAAAUAUUAUUGGUCUGCCUUUCUUUCUGAUGGAGCUGACUGUUAAAUGCUUGAUUGUGAUUGGUCCAAAUAGACCAAAUAGACAGCAGUCUGGUGCAUUUAUGUCCGUGCCUCUGCUGUCGGCUCUGUUUCAGCACUCACGUCACGGAAAACAUUGUUUAAUCAUAUUACCAGCACACAGCUAAGAGUUGUGUAAUACAAAGAAAGUGCCAAAAUUUAACAACGGUUUUCUGAUCAUCAAGCCAACACCUCUUUGUUCUGCCAUGUUGUUGUGGAUUAUGACCUCCAGUGUGGUAAAUCUGCCUCUCUGCAGGCUUGUUUUUCUGACUGAAAUUAACAUUUUGGUUCAUUUUCUUUCUCUACUCACAAUGAGAAUGUGUGGCAAAUAAUAAUAAUAUAACAACUGCUUCAAAAGUAUGAGGGUUUAGAUCAUUUAGCUCUUUUUUGUUUCUCCAGUUGCCUGCAAUGCUUUGACCAGAGGAAAGGCCACAGAGACUCAGUCACGUUUGAUUGAGGAGAGGCAGAGGGCAAGAACCUGUUCGCAAAUCAAGGUCCCCCCUAUGAGGUGAGCAGCUCUGACACAGAGGCAGCCAUCAUGACCUGAUGUAUGUCGCUGAGAGAGACUUUUGAUCUUGACACAGUGGCGAAACAGCCGAUUCUUCUGUUAGAUCACAUGUCAGCAAUCAAGAAAGGAAAAAACCAACCUACUGACUCUGUCCUUAUGAUGAGACUGUGAAGAGUAAGACUCUUUUUUUCUAAGUCAACCCUGCUGUAUUAACGCUCACAUAUUAAGACGUUUUGAUCAUUAAAAAGGCAAAUUACAGAUAAAGCUGAAUAUAGUUGAUAGAUACAUCUCAAACUGCACAGAGGGAGAGGAAUUUAUGAAAGGCAACAUACCAGUCACCUGACAAAGGCAUGGUUUCCCGACACACUGACUUUUUCCUCCAUAAUGAGCCACCACAGACAUCUUCUUAUAGAAUAGAGUGGGACUGUACACUCUACUUUAAAGGGUCAAACAUUCACAAAGAGUUUCUACAAAUAUCCUGUCGAUGAAGCCUGUCAUGUGAAGGACCCAUCUCAAUGCUGCUUACUAGAAAGCUGCAGCUGCACCACAUAACAAAGAAAUUAAUCAGAGCUGAUCAUGUGAUCCUUUUAUGGCAGUAUUUUGUGUGUUAUGAAAAAAGGGCAAAAAGUUGCUGUUAAACUGAUUUUUAUUACCCUGAAUGUUUCACUGAAACAAGUGUUAAAGUAUUUUGAAAUUGCUGUUUGUUGUGGCGUGUAUAUUUAUGUAUUAGACUCUGUUUUUUCUUUAUGUUUUUGCUAAGUCAGAUCCUGCUGGUUUAAAACUUUUGCACAAGACACGUACAGGCCAGUGACAUUUCUUUAACUCAGACACACAAGUGCAUGAGAAGAUACAACCUUAUGAAAACUUUUUAGAAGAUAACUACAGAUAUACAGUUGCUAUAUUGAAUAUGUGACUGUAACUUUUCAGAAGGAGGGGUGACAGGUACCGAUUUGUCGAUACUUGUAAAACAAUAAUGUUCUUAUUGUGAAAAUGUGGCUGAUACUUGUUUGAAAUAACAAUAUUAGCUGGUAGCCGCUUGCUAUUCCGAUUUUUUUUCCUUCAGUUCUUUGUCAUUUUUAAUGCUUGUUUUUUAAAUAAGAUUUGAUGUAUUUAAAUUCGUUCUACUUCCUGUCUUAAAAAAUUACAUGUUGUUGAUUUUAAUCAAAGAUGGUGCAAUAAUCAAACACUGCUGACUUUUUCUCCCAAGUUUGACCAUGAAAACAAAUGAGAGCUUGUUUGAUAAGACAAGGACAAUCCUUGGUAAAUAUCUAUCAAGAAAACAAAUGUUUUAACAGAUACAUUUGAGUACUUUUUGUUCAGUUACAGAAAGCACAUAAGCAUUUCAUUUUCCUUUAACUGCUCAACAACUCGUGCUGAUAUUGACCUUCUCACUUCUUACAUGAGUUACUUGUAGGGUUAUGAUGCUUAGCUAACAAGUUUAGAUAAGAUAAGACUUUAUGAAUUCACAAGAGUCCAGUUCCCAAGCUGCCAAGUUGUUCUAAAAUGUGUGAAAUGACCUUUUUCCCAUAUAAAGAAUACAUUGACUGAAAAAAACAAGUAGAACAAGGCCGUUCUCACUGACUACCUGUGUAUUUCUGUACUUUUAAUGUGUGUUAGUGUAGAUAUUCUACGCUGUGGUACUAGUGCCUUUCACCAAACAGAAAACUUAUUACUUAAAUGCUGUAAGAAAGUGUAAUCAGAUGUGGUUUUACAAGUUUUUUUAACAGUUAUGUCAGCACCAAAGCCUCAGCAUUACCCUAAUUAAAGAGAUAAGCCAGGUCUAAGAAGCCCAAAUCUUUCGUGAUCCACAGCAAAGAGAGAAUAAAUAUAGCCCUUCCUCCUCUCUUCAUAGAGCAGAGAUCAUAGUCCGCACUCCUUGGGCAGCCCUCCUCCUCCCCUCAGCACAAGCAACACCAGAUAGUCCCAGAGCACAAGCCCACAGCCAAUACGCACAAAGAGGUCAGGUCCUGGUUGCACAGUGAGGGAACAGGAGCUGCCAAAUCAGCUUCAAAACGCACAAGGGUAUUUCAAAGGUUAAGUGACGUGAUCCGCAGAGAGAUUAUUUCCGACUCUGGGCGACGGUUUGAAUUGUUCAUGUGAUCAAAGCUGCUCUGUAGACAUAUUAUGUAACAAAAUGGACUUGUUUAUUCAUCUUAAUCAAGUAGUUGUAUUGAUUUCAGUAAUUGAAAUGAUGUGUUAAGUGAGAGCAAAAUAAAGCAUUUCACUGUAAG